AGAGUGUUCGCGUCAGAGGAUCCAAGGAAUGACAAAAGAGAAGGUCGAUGGUGCGUGUUCCUUUUAUUUUUGGCUUCUUGCAAAAGUGACUUCCAUCUGAGUAAAAACGAGGAAACGAGAAGCUGCCUCUUGUUGCAUGCAGCCAGAAACCAGCAAAUCUUGCAAGGCAUUCGAAAAUCCAAAUUUUUUGCCGCAACGUGGAUCCUUCUAUGCUGGAAGUGACACAAAUCAAAUUUGAACACGAGCAUGUUAAGAUAAACGUGAAAAAAGGAGUUGAUAGCGAAUAGUUGAUGACGAUCAUGGUGAUAUUAAUGCAAACACGCACUGACUGGCAGUCUUACUGCUCAUGCGAAGAUUCUUUGACAAAAAUCAUGAGUACAGAAAUGCAUAUCUUCUUCGACCAAAAUAUAUCUUCGCAAAAAUCUCAAUAUAGCAGGCAACUACUCGCGGCCCGUGGGCUCUCGUUUGAAAAAGUCGAUUACUAAGGGUGAAGCUUCCGAGUUUUUUUUGAUUAAUUCAGAAAAGCUGCUUUGAACCUUUUUAACCGAUUGCGCUAGACUAGCUGUAUCAGCUAUAUUUCAACCGCCUAACACGGAAAAAAUUCGCCACUAAAAACAAAAACAUCUAAGAGUAAAAAAGACUGUAUCUAACAGUCAGAACAACAAGUUUUUCGCCGCUGAUUUAGUUGUCGUCAGAGUAUCUUUGUGGGAGGAUUCGUCCUGUGAUACCACAGCAGAGUAUAACUGUCGCAGCUCAAUUAUAGCAACACUGAGUGACUACUUCAUCUUGUGUAGUGAUUGAACCUGUUGUAAUAUUAUCGACAUAAAAAUAAAUACUACAACUACAAUAUCUUCUUCUCAAUAGAAAUAUGAAUCUGUCGUAGAUUCUUGAACAAAGGUUUUCAGUGUCUCCAGAUUUAACAAGAAAACGAAGAAUUGAGUUGUUGUAUCAACAAACCUGUUAUAAAAAGUUUUGAACAAGUGGACUAAGGACGGACAAAAUUUUAUACCCCAAGGAGACUGUUUGUAGAAUAUCUAUAGCAGUCUUUACAAUAUUACAGGAGUUUCCCCAUAGACAUAAAGAUACUGAGUUUCGUUUUCUCCCCACGAGAAGAGAAACCACAUUUAAUCGGUUGUGUACCAUCAGUUACAACUACUAUAAUAAGAAGGAGACGAUUCAUCGUCACUACUUGAUAAAGUCGAUAGUAAUUGUGUCACGAAUUAUACUAGUUGUACAACUGUAUCCCGAUUUUAUAAUCACUUAUAAUACUACAUAUGAAUAGUAGGUACCCAUUGUAGCUUGGGUAGUAUCGAAGUAAAAUAUAAGUCAAAAAAAUGUCGGCUGAGCAAGCAAACGGUACGGCUGUGGAGGCUACUCCGCCUCGCAAACAGCAAGUUGUCUUCGUCCUCGGGGGACCUGGCGCGGGUAAGGGAACUCAGUGCACCAACGUCGUCCGCCGACUGCGCGGAUGGGCCACGAUCUCGGCUGGAGAUGGUAUGUGAACAAAUUUUUUUCGAUUUUGUAUAUCUGAAUACAGAUGUUGCUAGUGACCAUGCUAUGGUGCUAUGUCGAACCACACAGUCUUACCAACAUUGUUUUUCAACCAGAGUCCUGAUUUGGUUUUUCAUUUCUCUUUUCUAGUUAGGACUCCCCCACCCUGCUUCUACAUUAUGAUAUGCUUUUAUCCAGUUCUCCGUGAAUGCCGCAGAACCGAUUCGGAGUCGGAGGAGGCCGAAAUUAUCGAGAAACACAUCUCGGCUGGAACUAUUGUGCCGGUUGAAAUCACGAUCAAAUUGAUCAAAGCAAAGAUGGAGGCGAUAUCUAAGGCCAAGAAGGGUCGUGCCAACAAGUUUCUCAUCGACGGGUAUUGUUCACAGCUAAAUUUGAGAGCUAGCAAUCAUUUUCGAAGGAACAUCAUAGAAAUUACAGCGUCUGUAAUGAAUCCAGUACACAAUGUUAAUUAUAUCAUUCAUCUAAUUCCUGGCAUCAAGGUACGUAUUUUUACAACAUGAACAUCAUUCUUGUAUUUAUUCAGCAACAUUAUCCAGCAUCUGGAAUUCAUCUGCACCUAAACGACAACAGUUUUCCGCGUAAUAAGGAUAACGUGAGCGGCUGGAAGAAAGUUUGCGGCGAUUCGACGGAUCUUCGCGGUGUGCUGUAUUUCUCCGUCUCCGAUGAGACCUGCGUCAAGCGCGUCCUGGAGCGUGCUGAGAAGUCCGACGAGAAGCGUACUGAUGACACCGAAGAAGGCAUCAAGAAGCGUCUGCAAACGAACAAGUACUUCUGACUUCUGCUAGUCACAAGAAUUAAAAUAUCUACAGAUUGUCGUGACUGACUAGUAACUAUGGAAUACAAGUGCGAGUGUAAAAGUCCUUGGCUUCGUCCUUACUGGGAGAUACUACGUCAUCAGCAUUUAUCGUUGGUGCAGUGAUGAAGUGCGAUCCUGUUAUUUUUUCCUUAGACUUUGUCCCUGCUGCCAUUUAUAUGUGAAUUGUGACAUAUUAAGUUAAAUUUGCUGUCGUAGAAAGAGAAACUUUAUUUUUUUAAUGUUUACAGAAAAGAAUGUGAACCGAUUGUGGACAUGUACGAAAAAGAGGGUAAGUUGGUUCGCAUCAGCGGGGAGGGCAAGCCAAAUGAGGUCUGGAAAGAGGUGCAGAAGCAAAUUAAGGCGUUCGAGGAUGCCAUCCGCACCGAGUACCCGCCGCCGCCGCGCCCGCAGAAGAAGGAGUCCGAGAAAGCUGCUGACGCUGAGGCUGGUGGCAAGGACGGUGAAGGCAAGAAGCGCCGCAAGCGCGGUGGUCGCAACCGAGGAAAGGGAAACUCGGAAGACGGCGUCACGAAGGAGACCAGCACCUCGACUGCGGAAGACGCGGCCCCGAAAAAAGGAAAGGGCAAGAAAGCUCCCGCCAACUGGAUCAAGGUCGAGGAAAUCGACCCCAACAGCCGCCGAUGCAACUUCUUUGCGAAGGUCUGCGGAGAACCGAAGCAACACGAAAAGGUAUUAUGCAGCGAUUAUUUGGCUACAUAUUUACGCAUAGGACUUCGACUUCAAUAUUUCUUUGCAGCCAACAACAUCCCAGCUUCAAAUAUUGAGGAAGUAGAACUCACAUAUUAGAUAACUUUCGAGUAGGUGCAUACAAACAUCAGUUUUUUCAUCAACACCCGAUCUAUCAAUAGUCUACAUCUACUGCUCCUCUCGUUACACACAACAGCUGAAAGAAAUGUUCGAAGUGCAAGUCGGAGACGAGUCCGCUUCGGUUACGUGCAUUCUUCACAAGAAGCGCGUCGAGGAGGUUGUCAAGAUGGGUGAGGUAAUAUAUGAUUUUACAUUUGCACGUUUCUACACUACGAGUAGUUCAGUUGAUGUGAUUUGCAUAUUGUGAUCUUCUAAGUACAAUAAAGCUGGAUUAUAUUGUGAUUCGUUUCCUUGAUCAUAUCACUGUCAGAGAGUCCUUCGAUUGUGUCGUGAUGAGCGGAAUAACCAAACUCUCAAAUUGCAUGUUACUAUGUGUCCUUUUGUUCCUUUUUCUUGUCACGUACAACAACUUGACAAGUACAACAACAUGGCUCUUUGACAGAUUUUGCGUUUCCAGAACUGUGUCGUGAAGAUGCGCAGUAACUUCAUUCGCGUGGAGUUGGACCGCUGGGCGCUGUUGAAAAAGGGAACCGAGGAAGCCGACACUGAUGCGGAAAAGAAGACUACUUCGUUGAAGGUACCGGAAAUCAAAGCCGUGAAUACGGGUAAAAAUGUGAGCGCUACGGAAUACGAGGCGGUUGAUCCGAAGUCGCUCGAUGCGAUGGAUGGCGAAGGCGCCGCCGCUGGUGAAAAUAAGCGCAAGGGACGCGGAAAGCGCGGUGGCAAGCGCGGAAAGAAGGGUGCCGCUGCCGAGCCGACCUCUGGUAUCAUAACUGUCAAUUUAUAAUUUUUCGAGUGUUAUAAUAUACUAGAGAGACAGUCACUGUCCCAGCAAUCAACGAUAAUUUUGAGCAAACCAUACCAUUGUAAUUCUGAGUCGUAAAUUCUCGAGCUAAGCAUGUUUUUAUCCUCUUUUUUUACAACUUCCUCACCAAAACAGCGAUCAUAAUGAAUAAUCUACUCUCGAAUAAAAGAACUCAACAGAAACCGCUGAGAAGGAAGAUGGCGAGAAGAAGCGUCGUCCGCGCAAGCGUGGCAUCGGAAAAGGUGGCGCUACUUCGGAAGCUGCUAUCGCGAAGGCAGAAGACAAGGCUGACGAUGCUGCGAAGAAGAAGCAGCGUGGAGGCCGAGAAAAGCAGGGAACUUCUCCGCAGGUGAACCGCAAAGAAGUCGACGCGGAGAAGGGCGAGAACGACGUGCUUACUUUUACUUCUCUUAGUUCAGGAGUCGUACUUACUUGUGACUGUUUCAAACCCUAAACCACCUUACAGGAGACACCUGUAGGUCUGCAUUUCUGCAUGGGGAUUGCUUCUGCUACAUUCUGAUUCUAGUUCUUCUGCUCUACGCAUUUCAUCAUUACGAUGUUUUGCUUUCCGAGCUUGAAACUGCUGCUCAGUAGGUAGAUAAUAAGACUGUCGUGGUGUCUGCUCGUUCUUCUUUCAAGAUUGAGGAGUGUCAUCGGGAUCUUGUAGUACACUAAUGAUGAUUUGAGAAGUACUGAAGACAUGCUCCUAGUUUCUGUAUGUUGAAAAUUGUUUCAUCUAGUCUUUACUACACCACAACAGAAGAAGAGCCGCCAGCGCAAGCGCAAGGGACGUGGCAAGCGCACCUCAGCUAGCUCCGAGGAGAUGGCAAGCGGAGUCACGGCGAGUAGCGCGGAACCGGCAAGCGGCGCCACCACCGAUGAGAAGCCGAAGCGCAAGGGACGUGGACGUCGUCCGCGUGGACCGAAGCCGGCAGAAAGCGGAGAGCCCAACAGCGAUGAGUCAGAGAAGAAGGACCCCGCUGCUGCCCCGAAGAAGGGGAAAGGCAAGGGAAAAGGCGGAAAGGGUGCCAAGGGCAAGGGAAAAGGCAAGGGCGCCAAGGGUAAGGGCAAGGCAGCCAAGGGCAAAGGAAAAGGCAAGGGCGGAAAAGGAAAGGGAAAAAAGGGAACCUGGGUGAAAGAAGAGUAAUCUAUCUAACCUCAUUCUCUAGACUUUGGACACAAAAUUUAACCACACUAUUGUUCUUAGAAAUAGAGGACCAGGAGAAUAAUGAAGUGCGCGGCGGAAAAAUAUCGAGACGUUAGGAAGUAGAUCUACGAGAACUAUGAUUUCUUUAUGUGAUAUCUUCGGAAGGUUGUAUUUAUGAUCUCAAAGAAGUUACGGUGGAAGUGGAUGAACUAUUUUUGUGAAUGAAUCUUUUCGAAUUCUACAUAAGUAUGCUUUGUGAUGUAUAUCGCAGUGCGUAGAUUACUUGAAUUCGAUAACUGUAUCAUACGAGAAAGUAGUCCUUGUUCUGUUCAAUUACGACCCAACGAGUCUAAUAAUUGUUAACUUUUCGUCAUCAGCUCCAGAAACAAAUCUUUUAUUUUAUCUAGAGGUAUCACAGUCACCCCGUUAGUUAUAGAAAAAUGGAUUUUCUUGGCCAUGCUGCGGACGAGCAGGGUGUGGCGUGUGGCAGGCAAGGAAAUCGAAAUAUAUAUUGGAUCAUGACGCUAGUUCUACCAUUUUCUUGUAAAGUCGCAUGCGCAGGAAGGUGUACAUGAUGAGGCAUAAGCGGCUGCAGAUAUGAAGAACACAGCAUGAACACAGGUAAUAGAAGGUCGAUGAAGAUAAUAAAGAAAUUGGGAAUAUGUUGUAGUCUACUGGGAAAUCAUGAAGGUUAUUCUUAAAUUCCUAUGGAAUGAAAAUUGUAAAUUAGAAAGAAAGGAGGUGUGAAAAUGGUCAACCAACAUACGGAGGAUUACAUACUGGAGAAAGACUCGGGCACAUAUUUUAACUCGACAUAGAAAAACUGGCGAUGAAUGAAAGUUAAGGUUGUAGUGAAGACAGCAUACCUACACAUUGGUUUUGUUUAAUUCCGAAUUUCUGUGUUAUUGAUGGUGUCAGUUGUCAGUCGGUAAAGGUAAAUCAAUAAAGAUGAAGACUCUAUUAAAUGAAUGAAAGUAGUUAUGGUCCUUGAUUUUAGCAUAAAAGUUAUCGAGAUAUUUAUCGCGAUUCUUGACCACUCAUCUCUGCUUUCUAAUGGUGUAGUUCUCUAACAAUAAUAAUAGUUUUCGAAUAAUUUCAUCGUCGUACUGUCUGUUAAGAUUAUGUGUGUCAAGAGAUCAGAAGUUGCGAGCAACCAAAAAGUGACUAGAGAAGGCGGCAAACGCGAAAUCUUUACGGAUGAGGACCCUCCGUCUACAUCACAGGCAGAUUGAUCGACAUUUGUUCUUUCGCAUCCCGCUUGCGCAGCUAGUGAAGCAACACCUUUGAACCUGUUGCACACCCCAAGAAAAGUAUGUCGUGGCGUGGUAAAAAUGAGACUUCUUCACCAAAAUCAGGAUGUUGAAGAUCUUUUCACCAACACGAUUUAUGGUACGUGAGGUUGUUGUAAUUCUACAAUGUGAUAAAAGAUUCGUUACGAGUAGUUGGUAGGCAGAAAAACAAUAGACUUUGUCAGCAGUGCUGCUAGGGCUGCGCGAUGGCUUCGUCGUUUUCAUUCAAGACAUGAAGAAAGUGCUGUUUAUGAAGCAUUAUUUUCUUCUUGCUUGAGAGGGCCGUGUAAGCUAUUUAUCUCGAGGUCUUCUCCGCAUCCACUGCUCUACCCGCAAUCUUUUGUAAAAUUGGCCCUGAUCUGCGCCCCGCGGAGGAGGGUAUAUCAAUAACUACCAGGUAUAAUUUAGAAAGCUCACGAUACGUCGAAGGAGCGACAUCACAUCAGUGUCUGUUUUAGCUUCAGAACGUGACCCAACCCAACAAACAAAUAGCAAGCUAUUUUGACGAGUAUUGGCAUCGAUACCUUAUCCACACGCAAGUCUUAGACGGGAAGCAAUAGACGAAGGCUUACCUACAACUUGGCGCAUUGUCCACCUUUAUGGAGGACCGUCUCUCUUCAACUACUCACAGUGUUAAGACAUUGACUAGGUUAUUAUGGAAGUAGUCGAAGGAUAGUUGCUGUAUUGUAGUUGAUGACAAUUACUGUUUGGUAGUCCCUCUGAGGCUACGGACGUUCGCCUGAGAAUGCAGCCCAAACUGCGGACGGCGGGCCAACUCCUGUCCUAUCCUAGUCGAAUGCCAUGUCAGUCUGGUCUUACCAGAAGCAGACUUCUCAUGCGUAAGGCGAGGCAAGAUGGGCCUUCGCCUCAUCGAGGUUCGGUCAGCGCGCUUGACCAGAUGCCUAGAGGCAUUUUCAUCACAUUUUACUCUCCUACGAUUGCGAAAAGAAAGAUUUAGCUAACUUGUGUAGGGUCCUUUUCAACACAGCAACCUAAGUCAUUGCUCUGUACGACGGACUUGGUAGUUUGAUUGAUAUAUAUAACAAGUAGUUUUACGUUACUGCUUGGAAGUGCAGGUGAUGGCACUAAAGAACAUCAAACUCAUUAAGAGAACCUGAGCUAUGUGAAGAUGCAUGUGGGAUCCUCUGACUUUUGUCUCUCGGGUGGAGAAAAGUAGAGUAAGAACGAACACAGUUCUGAGGUGCUUUGAGAGAAAGCAGCUGAUGAAAAGUACACAAGUUAUGCGGCAAUCUCAAAGAGAAAAGACACGCAUGCUAUGAUAUUCAAUUUUUCGGCGCAUACUUUUAGCCAAACGACGCGUACUCUACAAGUAUAGGCCUCGUCCCUGCCGCCGAUUUUGUACCACAAAGGUAGUCGGUGGACAGACAGAAGCUUCUUCGCUUCUGCGCACUCUGUAAGUGUUGGCGUAUAAGUACUCGCUUUUACUUGACACCCUGUCUCUGUGUGGAUGCAGCUGCUAUCCACGUUCCCUAGAAUCUUUGCAUUUCGUAGUCGCAACAAGAAGAAGUUGAGGGUUAACUUAUGCUCAGGAUCAGCGACUCAGAUGAGGGUUUUCCUAGAGCCACGACAAGAUCUUCAGAAUCGGAAUCAUGAAGACUUUGAACAUGAUGGGUCUGAAGAGAGGGUCACUUGUGAACUGGUGAGAAGAACGGGCUUGAAUUUUUCCUUGAAGACUGCCCAUAGGCUCUUCAUGAUCCUCUUGGCGAAUGAGAUGUGUGAUCAUGUUGCUGAAUGAGGAAUCAGCUUUUUUGGCACUGUUCGUAUCACAGUGAAGAUGGUGCACUACGUUUUGCGACGCUCUCAAGUUGCUGAAAGGCCUCAACAACGUUAGGCAAAACGUAACACGAGGUAUUAUGACAUGCCCAUCUUUUUUGUCGUACUAUCAUUAAAUUUCAAAUAUGAUUACAGCGGAGGGGA